GUGAAAAACAGGACACGGGAAAGAAAUCUUUACAAUAGAAGUGCUUAACCACGCCUCUGUCACGUGUUAUGACGUCAACUCCGGAAGGUUCACUUGUAUCCUAACGAGAGCAGAGCGCGUAUACUCCGGUUACGGUUUUGUCACAGAAAGUGCGGGAACUAAAACAAAUGAAAAUAUGGCACCCGAAGGAGGAACUCCGGCAGAAAUGGAAAAAUUGAAUUAUGAUUCCAAAGGAAAGGGUAGCGGAAUCCAUCUGAAGAAAGAACUAGGAGUGUUGAAUGGAGUGGCAAUUAUUGUUGGAAUAAUUGUUGGUUCAGGCAUAUUUGUAUCACCCAGAGGAGUAUUGAACGAAAGUGGAUCUAUAGGUUUGGCACUUCUAAUAUGGGUUCUCUGUGGUGUGUUGUGUAUGCUAGGUGCCUUAUGCUACGCCGAACUCGGUACCUCUAUACCAAAAUCGGGAGGAGAUUAUGCUUAUAUAUAUGAAGCGUUUGGCCCAAUAUUUUCGUUUUUAUUCCUAUGGGUAGCUAUGUUAAUAAUCAUGCCGACGGGUAAUGCCAUCGCUGCCUUAACUUUCGCGAAUUAUAUCUUGGAACCUUUUUUUCCGUCCUGCAACCCUCCUGCCAAUGCAGUUAGAUUAAUAGCAGCACUUGUUGUAAGUUUUCUAACUUUUAUCAAUUGCUACAAUGUCAAAUGGGCUACAAAAGUUCAAGUUGGCUUUACUUUUGCCAAAAUCAUUGCUCUUGUUGUAAUUAUUUUUACUGGAAUGAUUCAUUUGGCUCAAGGAAACCUUCAAAAUUUUGAUAGAGCAUUUGAAGGGACCACAACUGAACCAGGUUAUAUUGCUCUUGCAUUUUAUUCUGGACUUUUUUCUUAUUCAGGGUGGAAUUAUUUGAACUUUGUUACUGAGGAAAUGAAAAAUCCAUUCAGAAAUCUUCCCCGUGCUAUAUAUAUUUCUUUACCAAUGGUGACAAUCAUAUAUGUACUAGCCAAUGUGGCAUAUUUUGCAGUGUUGACAUCAAGUGAAGUAUUGUCAUCAAAUGCUGUUGCUGUGAUGUUAAAUCUUGCUAUAAGAUUAAAACAUUUGUUAUUAUUUUAUUUUAGAUUAUUUUUUGUUGGUGCACGUCAAGGACAUCUUCCUCGUGCCUUAGCAAUGAUUAAUAUUAAUCAUGUCACACCUACACCAAGUCUUAUUUUUUUAGGAAUAUUGACACUAGCAUAUUUAUCAACUACACAAGUUUAUGUUUUGAUAACAUAUACAUCUUUUGUGGAAUCUGCAUUUAUUACAUUGUCAGUAGCAGGCAUGCUGAAAUUAAGAUUUUCUAAUCCAGAUAUGCAACGCCCAAUAAAAGUAAACAUUUUAAUCCCAGUUAUAUUUCUUCUGGUAUGCAUGUUUCUGGUGGUAUUACCAUUCUAUGUUAGUCCAUUGGAAACAGGUGUCGGAAUUGGAAUCACAUUAACUGGAAUUCCUGUUUACUUUCUUGGAAUUUAUUGGAAAAACAAACCACCUUUUCUUCAAAAGUUUUUAGAUAAUUUUACUAAAAGUACUCAGAAAUUGAUGCUCAGUAUACCUCAAGAUGACUAUUCAGAUUAAUGAACAAAUAAACUGAAGAAUUAUAAAGCCCUUACAGUGUUAUUGGACAACUUCAGAAAGAAGUAGGACGAAUGAAGUGUUUGAAUAUUAGCAGUUUUCUACUGCUAAAUUUUUAUUGUACUUCUAUCAAUCAUUUUUCAACUUUAUAAAAUACAAUCAAAAUAUAGCUGAAAAAAUAUUUUAUAAACAUUUCAUAUGAUAUUUAUGAAUGCUGUAAAUUCUGGUACUUUGAAUCUGUGUGUGGAAAUGUUUAGAUUUUCAUAUAAUAUUUUUUCAGUAUAGAUCCAUUAUUCUAUAUUU